AUGGAAAACAAAUCUGCUCAUAUUAUCGUUCAAUCUGAAGGUGAUGCAUUCAAGGCGGGGAUUGUUCUUGAUGAAAUAAAUUAUGAUUUGUGGUCACAAAUCAUGGAGAUGCAUAUCGCUGAAAAAGAAAAAAGUUCUUUUAUUAUGGCAAAGACAAAAAAAUCUACUGAGGAAGAUCCAAGAUAUGAGAAGUGGUACACAGAUAAUCAAAAGGUCAAGAGAUGGUUAUUGAUGUCUAUGUCACCAGAAAUCAUGAAGAGAUAUAUUUGGUUACCUACUGCUCGAGAGAUUUGGGAUGCAUUAUCUAAAGCCUUUUAUAAUAGAGAUGAUGAGAUGCAGGUAUUUACUCUAAAUCGACGAGCGUUUUCGUCAAAACAAAAUGGCAGAGCACUCUCGAUUUAUUAUGGGGAACUAACUGAAAUCUUUGGAGAGCUGGAUCAUCGUGACAAGGUGGUUAUGGAGAAUCCAAAUGAUUUUGAAUCCUAUCGAAAAUCAAUUCAGCGCCUAAGGGUGCAUAUCUUCCUUGCUGGAUUAGAUGAAAGUUUUGAGCAGAUCCGUAGUGAAAUCUUGAUAAAGGAUCGUAUUCGUGAAUUGGAAUCAUGUUAUGCACUUGUUCAUCGUGAAUAUGUUCAACAUUGGUGGGAUCAACAUCUUAAGAGGAAGAAGGAGACAAAGAAAAAUUCUGGUGCUCAAAUGGCUUCAACAAAAAAAGGAAAGGAUUCCGUGGUAACAUCUGCAUCAGUAGCAAGGGCGGGUAACGAUGGUAAGGUUUUAAAUGUUUCUUCACUUGUUUCGAAUAAUUCAUGGAUAGUUGAUUCUGGUGCCACGGACCAUAUGACAUGUGAUUCUAAACAAAUCUCUUCCCUUAAACCAAACUUACAAAAAACAGUCUCUACUGCAAAUGGCUCACAAGCUCCAAUUACUGGUGAAGGGUCAAUAUCUCUCACUGAAACUUUAAACUUAGAUUCUGUCUUAGUAGUUCCUACAUUAGAUUUAUGUGAACUUGCAAAAAGCCAUCGUGCUUCUAUUCCAUUAUCAUUCAAUAAGAGUCCAGUUCCUUUUAUGAUCAUACACUCUGAUGUUUGGGGGUCAUCUAUAACUACUAUUAUGGGUGGUUCAAGAUGGUUUGUUACUUUUAUUGAUGAUUGCACUAGGAUGACGUGGGUGUGUCUUAUGGAAAACAAAAGUACAGUUACUGCCUUGUUUCAACAGUUCCAUAAGAUGAUUAACACUCAGUACAACAAGCAAAUUCAAGUACUUCGUAGUGAUAAUGGUGGUGAAUAUAUGGAUUCUGAUCUUCAACAGUAUUUGGAGAGACACAAAAUUAUUCAUCAAACUACUUGCUCUAAUACGCCUCAGCAGAAUGGAGUAGCUGAGAGAAAGAAUCGUCAUUUACUGGAAGUAGUUCGUGCUUCAUUGACAGAAUCACAUAUGCCAUUGCUGUAUUGGGGAGAGGCACUUACUUCUGCAACAUAUCUUAUAAAUCGAGUGCCAUCUAGUACCAUUGUGUUUCAAACACCCCAUCAAGCUCUUGCUGAAGCAGUUGUGGCUCCAAAUGUUCAAAAUCUUCCGCCUCAUGUUUUUGGUUGUGUAUCUUAUGUCCAUCUACACAAGAACCAACGUGAUAAGUUGGCUCCUAGAGCUUUGAAGUGUGUAUUUGUAGGAUAUGCAGCAACAAAAAAGGGAUACCGUUGUUAUCAUCCUCCAACCAAAAGAAUGUUUGUUACUUUGGAUGUUGUAUUUCAUGAAGAUUCGCUUUAUUUUUCAUGUGAGUCUGAACUUCAAGGGGAGUACCAUAAGGAAAUCAAACUCUUAACUAUGAUGAAGAUAUAUCGGAAAUUGAUCUAUCUGUUAUUGUCAACUCUAAUGAUAUGGUCAGAGAAUCUGUUGAUGAAGGUUCUUCAAGAGAAGAAACAUGAAGUACAGUAUUGGAUCGUGAUAUAG